AUGGAUGUUAUUCCCCCUUCCAUUCUGGCCUUGUUCCUGCAUAUCAUCCACACAAGAGUCGCUGCUUUGACUACAUGGCAGGCGCUCGCAGCCAGGCGCCCACGCCCCGAAGAGAUGGAGAAUUUCCGAACGCUUGAGACUGAUAUUCGCGCCUUUUGGGUGGCCUUCAAUGGCCUCAGAGGCUUCCAUUGGAUGUCAACUUCCCCGGGAGAGCAAGAGGUCUCGUCCAUUUUGAAGUACAACACACCAGAGACCGAAGAAGAUAUCAAUUAUUUGGUCCCCGACAGAUUUCCCAUCCGCUUUCAUCCUGAAGCUGAGAAAGGCAAGCCCGGGCGUCGCAACAAGUCAAAGACACCAGAAAACGAAGCCAAAUUCAACAAGAUCAAGGACAGUCUCCCGCCUGAUGACUUCCCAUUAAGUCACUUUGACAUCGAUGACCCUUGCAAUAUGAACGGCCGUUUCAACUCCGACGGGAACGCCUGGGGUAUGGCGGCUUACGACCUGUUCAAGGAGUUCAUGCGCCUCAGACACUUUCUCCACGUUACCUGGAUAGAGGUUGUCUUCGGUGGCCUCAACAGCACCGUGGCCGGGGCAAUUGGUAUUGCGGCCAUGAAUUUGAUUGUCAAAUACCGUCACGACAAUAUUCCUGAAGAAUUAGGUUACAUCAGCAUGAUCGACUACUUAACGGGUUAUCGAAAUCCUGAUGAUAAUGUUCGACCAUUUUUUGCGUCCGUUUACCGCGUUGGUGGCGAUGGCUCAUGUUCAGGAAAGAUUGAAAAUCAGAGUGUGGAUAUGAAGGAACAGUUCAUGAUACACACGUUCGAAUCGCUUUUUGAAUUCCUUUCCGAUUUUCGCACCACACAAACCGGAAAGCCCACCGAGCGCAUGGCAAAGCUUCUCAAGAACUGGGAUUCCAGCGCCGACCUAAUGGUGCUUACAAAGGAAGAAUACCUACAGUGGCGUCAUCUAUAUACCAUCAAGCUUCUUUACUCGGUUUUUGACGAAUAUGUUGCCCCUAUAUUGAAAUCGAAAGAACUCGACGGAGAUUGGGAAAAUGUCAUCUGGGGCCCAAAAGGCCCAUCCGAAGAUGACUUGAGUGGAUCAGGUUCAUAUCAGCAUAGAGCCUUCUUGUCCAGCAUCAUUAAACUUGCCAUGGAAAAACCCUCGUCCACCGGUGAAUCAACUCGACACAACAUUCAGCCUACCACAGUCUUCAUACUACAACACAUGGUGGAUUCCUUCACUGUGUCAAGGGGCUGGCUGAAUCACCCCCUCUGGGAGCCUGUUUUUAUCCAGCCGCCUUCUUCCGAUGUCUUCUUUCCCGCACGUGAUUUGGCGCUGUUCUUGGGUGUCAAGCUUGACGACUCUAAGAAUCUUGGGCCCGGAUUUUGGACUUCUUUACACUUGCUAGACGGAGACCUACGUACCGGAGAGGACCAGAAAAUCGAGCAGACCAAUUUUCUAAAGCAUGCGGCUAGAGUUUGCUCCGCUGCCCUGGAGUUCAACUCCACAAGACAGGACCAAGGCGCGGGUUCAAACUUCCUGUGGGGUUGCUCCCCCUUCCAUUGCGCUGAAAUCCUUGUGCAAAGCCUGACAAAUCUCGAUCAUAUCUCCAGAGUACUCUACCCCAGUUUCACGAAUGAGCCUGUACUCCUGGUACACUUGUACAAUAUGUUGGUUACUGAAGGAUACACGGAUAAGGCACCUCAGGCAUUUCUCAUCUUGAAGGGGUUUUUUGACAAUUUGUUGACCGAGGAGGCAAGGACACCGGAAUAUGGUGCCUACUACGACCGAGCCUUGAACAACGCCCUAAACUGUUUUGGCACAUGGUUCCCCCUUUCGGUAUUUAAUCGUCUGUAUGUUCAAAACUACAGAGUUGAGAGGAUCGGACGCCUAGAAAACUUGCAAAGAUUCAUGGAGAACACUACCGCCGGUAAAGAGAAACGGGCCAUGCAGGUCAAGGGGCAUGGCUCAAGCAACAAUCCCAGAUUUAUCAUCAAAGGUGGCCGUGACCGGGCGGAGACAAUUAGGGAAGGAAUACAGGCCGUCGACUUCAAGCUCAAUGAGUUAGUUCCUGGAAAGCUGCUCGAAGGGCCGAGUGGCAGCAAGGUCGUGGUGAACUUUUGCGAUGUCCUUGAACUGUUGAAGGCCGAGGUCAUCAUUGGCGUACAUGGCAGUCAUUGCCUUGACGCUGUGAACCGCUUGUGGGUUACUGCGCGGUCGAUUAUUCUGUUCCAUUCCAUCGAGGGACAACUGGCCGCUGCGAAGGACCCAUUGUACCUAAGCAUAUACGGAGACCCCGACACGAAGGAGGUUGAAAACUCAAAGAAGGACGAAAAUGGUGGGAAUGGAGGGGGGCGAGAGGAUGCCUUAGCUCCCAAGCGUGUGCGUCUCAUAAUGCGUCUCUUGUCGCGUGAACUGAAACCGCCUGGGACGAAGACCGCGAUAGAGAUUGCCGUCAAAGCGUUUGAGGAUGAGAAGCUUACCAACUUUUCGUGCACGUACUGGGGGGAUGAGGCAGACUUGGGAAUGAAGAGCGAUGAUGGCAUAAUACAGCGUCUGGAGAAGAGGCUAGCAAGUGCAUCAUGUCCGUUCAUGUAACAUUGUCAAGGAAUCGUUCUGUAUAAUAGUGGCGAAAGCCAGUGUUGUCGUAUAAAUUGGGCUUCACAGCGAAACAAAAUUGUA